AUGGAACAUAAUAGGCGACGGCCCGAGAAACCAUCGACUGGGGUCAGGUCACGAUCCGGAUGCUUGACUUGCCGCCGCCGCCACAAGAAGUGCGACGAGCAGAAGCCGGUCUGUGCCGUGUGCCACAAGAGUAACCGGCUGUGCGAGUACGGCGGCGACCUGAGAUGGGCGGCCGUCAACCAGCCAAAGGCUCCUGCUCCCAGGCGGCCAACCUUGCCGCCCGAUAACGGACAGGGCCCCUUUCAUCAGGAGGAGCUAAGUUUUCUUCAGGAGGAUGUCGGUCAACAGGACAGUUUGGUCACCGGUCCGGCUCUUAAUGUGGAUUGCCCCGCGCCUCCCGCCCCCCCAGAGUCUCUGGCCAUCAAUGACUCUAGUGUUGCUGACUUGCUCUUUGACUCGGCCUUUGAUUCAUGGAUCCCAUCACUGAUGGACUUGGGCUCUUGGGAUUUUGCAGCAUCUAAUGAGCUUGUUGUUCCGACUGAAGCUGUAUCGUUGGCUGGAGCUCCGCCUGAUUCUUUGUCUUUGUUGCCCAACCAAGCUUCUGGAGUAGCAGGAUCAGUGAUGGGAGAUGGCAAUGCCUCCGACUAUGGCGUAGCCUCGGAAGCUGUGGAAUCCCCGCAAGAUGGAGAGGGCUGGGAGCUGACCCACGGGUUUGGCUCAUUCUUAUCAACGGCCCUCUCUUCUCCAAGUGAGGAGAUCGCCUACACCUACUAUAUUCACCACGAAUCUGGCCGAAUACCGGCACACGAUAGCCCGCAAAACCCGUAUAGGCGGAUCUGCGCCAUCUCCUUGUCUUACCCGUUGCUUCUGCACACGAUUCUUUACAUAUCUACAGCUCAGUUUCUACUAAAGAACGCUUUAUCUUUCCUAGAGCAAGAGAAGAACAAAGUACACGGCUCAUUACGAGGAAUCGUCGCCCCCCAAGAAAACUUCUCUGUCCUCUCCCUCAAGGAGGUCACACUGGCGUCCUUCCUCCUGCAGAUCGUCACCGAGGUCAUGUUGGGGAGUGAAAAUGCCGAGUCCCAUCUGAAUAGAGCGUAUCAACUCAUAAGAGACCUGGAUUACGUUGAGCGCCUACCGGAAAGCUACUACGCCCGGUUUCUGGUCCAGAGAUUCGCCAUAAUCGAUGUCCUCCUCUCCUUUCUUCGCCGCCGAAAGCCUAUUGCCCCUCCCGAGUUCGCCCUGUAUCAGCCGUGUGAUGGCAUCGACAGCUCCGAGCCCUCGUUUCGGGAGUUGACAGGCUGCCCUCAGCGCGUUCUCACAUUCCUGGCCCAAACUUCUUACUUGGCUGAUGAUCUGGCCACCGGCGCCCGGGAGACUUCGCAAAUCCUCGACGAGGCCUCCGAAAUGGAGGCAAAUCUACGUCAGUGGUGGCAGAGGUACUCGGUGCUGAUGCUCAGUCGAAACAUUGAUGAAAGGAGGCCUGGAUCCGCACCGGAUUCUCACCACCACAACCUUGAUACGCUGAGCCAGUGCUGGUACUGGACCUCUUGCCUGCUGCUUGCGCGGAGAGUCUUCCGGGACGCGACGGCCUCGCACCGUGUUCAGUAUUUGAGGCGCAAGCUGUUUGCCGCCAUUGACCGCCUCCCAGCAGGCUGCGGUCCCGACUCCUCGCUGCCUUUCCCCUUCUACAUGGCCGCCCGCGAGGCCUUGACGCCAGAGGACAGGGACUGGGUGCGGCGCAAGCACGCUGAGAUGACGGAAAUGUACCGGGACAGGGCGAGGGAUAUGAUGAUGAAGCUGACAGAGGAAAUCUGGUCCCAAUGUGAUGAGCUGGAGCUGUUGCCUGGCGCCUCGUCGCAGCCUGGGCUUGGAGAGAAUACAAGCCUCUUGGGCAGCGAUCAUUACAUACACGUCUUGGAUUCUCGAGCCUCCCACUUUGUGUUUUAG